ACCAAGAUCAAAGGGUGAGAGAGGGGUGCACUGUCAACGUGCGAAUUGUAUCUUUGACGCUUGCCUCCGUGUUUUUACGUGGUGCUGAGCUGCUCUUGCUUACGGCAGUGCAGAGGUUAAGUGAGACUGUGGGUGGGAAGGAAGGGAAUCCCCGCGCGCGAGACGAACCUUGUGGGAUGAGACCGAGGGGUGUACGACAGCGCGAGCAACGGUACAGAUGCGAGAGUUUCUCCGGAACAUUCAUCGGCUGCUCGCUUCACCUGUGCAAGCUUGAUCCAGAAAAUAACUUUCGGAGACCCUGAGCCCGCUGUGGGAAGCCCUCAGGAGAGAGAGAGAGAAGGAGGAGGAGGAGAAGGAGAAGAAGAAGGAGAAGGAGAAGAAGGCCACCUUGUCCGUCUCUCCGCUUCCAGCCAUCCUUUCAGUGCCUCGCAGUGGACCCAAGAAGAAGCACACCUAGACAGGUCUGGUGUCUGCUCCGCACUGCUCAUCCGCCCCACUCCAGGACACUGACCCACAGGGCCAGCCAGUGCCAAGAGACAUGACUGCAUCAGCGCCUGUGCAUGUGGGCCAACCAAGGGCUUUUCCGUGAGAGCACAGAGUCUGGACGGGCCCAGGGGCAGCACAGCUCCACUGCUGUCUCUCUCUCUCUCCUCUCUCUCUCUCUCUCUCUCUCUCUCUCCCUCUCUCUCUUUUUCUGUCUCUCUCUCUCUAUCCUCCUCUCCCUUACCUCCCUCCCUCCCCCUCCCCUCAGUGCCCUCUCUCUCCUCCCCUCUCCUUCUCUCUCUCCCUCCCUCACUCACUCACUCUCACUGGAAGUGGAACGCAACUUCAGGCACGCUGAAUACUAAAAGGACUGGGCUCCAAAUAUGAGGCUUUCCCCAGUGACGGCUGCACCACGGCUGAGAUUACACGGCAACACCCUGCCAGGCAUAUCAACGCAUCUGUUGCACACACCAUUGCAUUCAGCUGACUGAAGUGUUGGUGUUGGUUAUUGUGCAACCCCCAGGGAGGAACGUGGUCGGAUCCACUGUCUCGCCAGGCCUCUGAAAUAGUGAUGGGACUUCACACGGCCACGAGGGAAAGAGGCGACCAAUGAGAAGAGAGAAUAUCAACUCCCUUUUACCUAUGUGACAGGAGGCCCCAUUUGCCAGACUCGAAUGCACAAUGUCCCUGUGUCACUGUCGGCACAUAUAAGGGGACCUGGCCUGCCAAACCAACUUCACGCUGGUUACAAUGGCGGGAGAGACUAAGAGGACGUACGCCGUCAAAGAACUGGAUGCAGGGUCAAAGAAACUUGAAGAGGGCCCGGCGAGAGAGCAGUACAGAGAAAAACGUCAGAGAGAUUCUCCUGAGCACUACCCGAAUGGGACUGUGGAACCACGGGUGACAGGAAAUGGACCUAAGUUUGUAGACAAGGACCGAGAGAGCUCACAGCAACGUGAGGCUGUCAUACGGCCCCAGCAAGCAGGCAAAAUAGACUUUAAGUCGUUUCAGAACCGGCCAAAGUUCAGCAGUGACAGAACAUGGCAGGGUGGUAAGGGCAGCCCCCAGUCACCAAGCGGCAAGAGCCGGAACCGGGACAAGGGCAAAAAGUCCAGCAAGUCGGAUCGCGGCAACCCCCAGCAGCUGUACCGUCUGAGCAUCACAAACCCCCGCUCCAACAACCCCACAAUCGGAAUAGCUUACCCACAGCAAAAGGUGUCUCCCCCCAAGAAGCUGGAUGCCGGCCGAGCUCCGGUGUCCGGCAGCUACCGGUUCCACGUGCCCAGCAUCCCAGAGCGAGAAGCUGAGCUGCAGCAGGAGGAGCGGAGCUACAGCCGAUGCUUUCCAGAGGGCCCCUCCAACAACCUCACCACCUCUAGCUAUACCUCACAGGCAGUGGUGGGCUCCGCAGGGGGAACCCAGGCCCCUCAGCACACACCCUCUACUCUGCAGCAGCAACAGCAGCAUCAGCAGCAUCAGCAGCAGCAAGCGCAGCAACCACCACAGGCUGCUGGUCCUCUGGAUACCAGUGGGGCUCAGCCCUCUGGGCCGAUGCUCUUUCCAGAUUUCCAGUUGAAUGGAGCGGACACAUGGCAGUCGCCAGAUAGGACUCUCACCAGCACUGCCUAUGGGAUUGCAGCACCAAAAACAAACAUGGUGGUCGAGCCUGGUAAAACUGGGUUCAUGCCAAUGUCGUUCCAGUAUGGCUUUUCACUGCUGGACGACACGGCCACAGACCCUUUUCCCUGUGAUCCGAACCCGUCGUCACAGGAUUACAUGGAUGCUGCCUUGGCUCCUCCCAGCCAGGUGCCUCACAACCCAUUCCAGUCCUUCCAGACCUCAACUGAGGCGCAGGAAGGGGUACAGGGAACGAGCCAAUUCAACAGUGAGCAGACUGAAGACAGGCCACCGUACCCCCUGACUGCCCAACCACAGCCGUACAUGCAGGUCCCUCAUGGGCCUCCAUCUUCCAUGCACUGCCCCAGGGGAAUGGGUGAGGAGCCCGAACAUGGGGAGAGCUCUAUUUCUGUAUCAGAGCAGAGCAAGGGCACCCUGGCAGACAAACCUGAUGGCAAUGCCAUUUCAACAGGAGGAAAAAGGGGCUGCCACUCCAAAGAUGGCAAUGGCACAACUGGCAACCAAAGGGUACACAUGCAAAGCAACGUCCACCAUAUCAGAAACAUUGCACAGGGCUCCGGCUCUCAAAUGCACUUUCCAGGCAAAGCUUACAGCAGCCCCCCACUGAAUGCUGUCCACAUGGGCCCCGUGCCACAUGACAAGAGCAUGGGCAAAAGCCACAGUCGGCUUCCGCCAUCGUGGGAUGGCCAGAACAAGCCCUUUCCUCCCCUGGAGCAGAACUCUGGCGCUUACUCCAACCUGCCCGAGAAAUAUCCCUACCAGUGCCAGCCGGCACACGAACAAAGACAGGGGCCAGGUAAAAACAACCGCAUGCCCUGGCAGCAGCAGCUACGGCUCACAUCGGCAAUGCCAAGCCAGAACCGGAUAGAGCUUUCUAGGGAAUUGAGUAACCAGAAGCUGACAUUUGUUAUUGGCGCCACAGAGUGGCAGGAUGAGGAAAAAUUGCACAAGGCUGGUCCACUCAAAAGCCCUGGGCCCUUCCAGAACAAAAGGGCAACUGAAGGGUACCAAAGGCCAGAGGGCGUCAAGCAGGGAUGUAGCACGGGGAUGCCCCCCUGUCCCUAUAAAAGCAAACCCGAGACAAGUCAUGUGCAAGCCUGUGAUUCUAAGAAUAAGUCUCUGUACUAUGGCAUGAACCAGCCAAUACCUGGAGCAUCCACUAGGACAUGCACCUACCCUCCUCCUAUGCAAGUGCCACCCAUGGGCAUGAUGCUUGUGUCCCCCUAUGAGUCCCCGUUGCCCUCGCCCACUCAAAACCCCACUUCCAGCAGCACAUGCUCAUCCCUCUCACCUGCUUCCACAAGCCCUGUCAACAGUAGCUCUGAUGAUAGCCAAAUCUCAAAGCCUGUUGGCCCUCCCCCAUUCUACCAUCAGCAACAGGGUAAGGCACUGACAUCCACUGAUCACCUCAACUCAAACCAUCACCAUUUCCAUGCAAAUGCCUCGCGCGGUCUGCCCUACCCCACAGACAGACCCAAAGAGGACAUGAUGGGUUACCUGCAGACCAACAGGACACAUGGCAAGUCCAGCAUGGAGAGUAGCAACUUUGGAAUGGAGCACCAUCCUCCGCCCCCAUACUCCGCCCACCAACUACUGGCCACCUCCUUAGUCACGGCAAACCUCGACCAGUUGGAUGUGUUGCUCACUUGCAAGCAGUGUGAUCAGAACUUCAACAAUCUGGUAUCGUUCCUUGAACAUAAGCAGUACUGUGUACAGCAUACAUUUGCACAAAACGACUACAAAGACAUAUCAAAAGUCGAGGACACCAAAAAGUUCCAGAUAGAGGCCCCCAAGGCCCUGACGUCAGGGCCAGCAUUUCCUCAAAUGUCACGUUGCCCAUCAGACCUGCAUUUAUCUCUACUUGGACUUAGCAAGAAUGGUGAACUUAUACCUGACCCUGAACCGAAACUUGACACCAAGGAUGACCCCUUAAAGCUGAACUUGUUUUCAGGUGCAAACAACCCUCCUGCCUCUCUCCCCGAUCUGGAGAUGGAGGAUGCUAAAUUAGACAGCCUCAUCACAGAAGCUCUGAAUGGCCUUGGUUAUCAAUCUGACAAUGCAGAAAUUGACAGCAGCUUCAUUGAUGCAUUUGUGGACGAUGAACUCACAACUGCCAAGUGCAUGUCAAACAGGCAGACACUGAAAACCAAAGACUCUCUCAUGUUUGAGAGCCGAACCAAGCAUGAAGCUACAGCCAGUGAAAGAUCAUACACGCAAGGAAAAUACCUUUAUGACUCUGACAUAGACAGCCUUAGCACUGAUAGCAAACAGACAGAAAGUAGCAACACAGAGAGCCAGAGCUUGGAGCAGACUGACGACACAAACUCCAAAGAAGAGAGCUCACCAGAGAGCCUCAGAGUGUCCUCCAUGGACAAAAGCAGAGAGCAUAAGAAGUGGAUGAAAGAAACACGGAAGUCAGAAACGACAUUAGAAGAAAGUUCAAGUAAUCCCCGCUUUGUUUUGUCCAAAACAUUUUCAGAGCGCUGUGGAAUAAAAAGUGUGCAGGAGAGCUCUUUGUAUGUGAAGUCAUCAGUCCCACAAUCCUUGUCUGGAAAUAGGAUGUCAUCAACACAAAGGCUCGUUGCUCGUGAAGGUAAAAGGAGGAGGACUGGUGGGGGAACCUGGAGCAAGGAGCUCAUCCACAAAAUUGUCCAGCAAAAAAACAAGCUGCACAAGCUACACGUGAAAGGUACCAAGAACAUGCAGUUUUCCCUAGUAAUGGAAAGACUAACCCCCACAGUGCAGACGCCCACAUUCAGGGAAUAUGACUAUGUGUCUGACUCUGAUGAAGACUGCGAGCCUCUAAAGAUAGCCAGCCAAGGCCGUCUGAGUCAGAGCAUCCGCUGCAAGUAUACAUACACCAAAGAGUGCAAAGGCAGAGCAAGGAGUGAGAAAAGCAGGGACCUGCCAUGGAAGCAGGACAAAAACCAUUGCUUUGAAUCCAAAAAGGCUGAUGAUGUGCCUCUGUCUCCCGUAAAGGAGAGACUGAGGCGGCGAAGCAGCAGGUCAUCCACCAGCAGUGAGCUUAGCACCUCGGUGAGCAUGUCCAGCGACAGCAUCAGCAGCCCCAAAAGCCUCGAUCGCACUACAGACUCAGACAGUGAACGGAAAGUUGAGGUGAAAAGGAAAGACUCUGACUCCUUCGAGCCGAAUGGGAUGGGGAUGGAGAGGUCACCGCACAGGGUACGCCGAGAGUCCAACACCUCUUUGGCAUUGUCCUUCUCCAAAAACACCAAGAGGUACAGCACUGAAAAGAUCCUUCUCUCUGCCAACAAAGAGGACUCAACAACCACAAAAUGCUCAAGCAGCAGCAGCAGAAACACUGAGAUUGUGUCCGAACUCAAGACCCGAAGCGUCAUCAGCCUCACGAGGUUCAAAAGCACUGAGGUCUCUGCCGUGGCAAAAGAGGACGUCUUUAGCUGUGAAACAGGAAUCAUAGCAAGAAAAGAAGAGUCAACAUGUCACACCAAAGAGAGCCAUAAAAGCAGCUCUAAGCACUACUCUUCUGAGUUGCUCAGCAACAAAGAGUCAAGCAGUUACAGCAAACACAAGAAGGAUGACAGUUCAACAAAAGUCAAAACAUCUCACAAAAGGAAAGAUGAUAAUGUCAGUGAUGUCACACUGCAACUUUCAGAGACUCCAGCGAUUGAGUUUGAUAAGCUUACCGAUGCUGCUCAUGACACCAAAGACCCAACAAGCUAUCAAACUGACUUAGUUCCAAAGCCCCCAUCUCUGUGCAGUGUACUGAUGGAUGAAGUGUGCCUGUCCCCAGUCUCCACUGAAUUACAAGAUGCUGCAGCACAGAAAGACUCUAUGAGACACAGCCUCAUGCCUUGCCCCUUAGAACAGGACCAGAGUUUGUUAAAAUCUCCACUCUCAUUUGACACAUCGUCAAUGUUUGCAGACCUCCCUGUAGGUGCCUUUGACAACAACCUCUACCCAGACAUCCAGCUCAACAAAGACAGCUUCAGCCCCCUGGAGCCCAGCAGUGAGAAAAAGGACAUGUUUGAAUCAUCAUUUUCCCCUUUCCUCGAGCAGAGAGACUGGGGGCUAAUGGUUGAUGUUACUCCUGAGCUGCCUGAUGAGAUCGCCCAGUACAAGGAUGACUCUGAUGCAGGCAGUGAGAAAAAGAGCAAUUUCAGCACGGUGCCUUUUACUCUUCCAGACAAAAUAAUGAACUACAGCACAGGUAUGAGCAACUGCCCAUCAGAGGAUGAGCUGGAGAUCAAGAGGAUCGUCACAGAGUUGGAGAGCCAGCUGCAGACCAACAAGCUCGGCACACCACCGCUGCUUGAUCAGGAGCUCCCGAAGCAGCUAACCAUGAUCAAGUUCUCACCCCUGCGUCUGGACCAGGAGGUGGAUAAUGACCAGAGUGGGCUGGAGGUGGACUGUGGAGGAGACAGCCUCGCACUGACCGCACCAAGCAUGCCCACAGACCCUCACUCUGAGGGCUUCCCGGAGCCAGAGAUGCCCUGGGCCAGCCCUCUACAGUUUGGGCUGGUGGAAUCACAACACUGCCUCCACACACCGACUCACACCAUUACACACACUCACGACACUCUGAGCGACAAGGUCAGUGCCAGUGAUGACAUGUCAUGUGCGGUGACAGACAAAGAGCAUUGCCCAGGCAUACCUCACCAGCUAGACGGUGGCACCGAUAUCAAGAGCCCACAUGCUGACAAAUCUGAGGAGAUGCUGGAGAAUGAAAUGUACACAGAGAACCUUAUGAAAAGUCUGGAAGUGAUUUCAGACUCCAUAUUCAAGAAGGACCCUCUGCCACUUCCACUACAGGAAUCUAAACUUUUGCAUUCAAGCCCUGAACAUUCUCAGAUCGAUUGCCAAGACACUAAUAAGGACUUGAUGGAGAAUGAAACUAUAUCUGAGGAAGCAGAAGAAAGGGGGGCAGAAAUGCAGUCUGAGAUGCUGUUUGCUUCUGCUAAUCCUUUGAGUGUGGGCUGUGAAAUGUCAGAGGAGGGAGACACAGCGAAAUCCAAUACGUUGACAGAAAAUUCAGUCACUCAAAACAAUGCAGUUGACACAGAACACUCCCAGGAGGAGUUGUUUCAUGGUUUGGCAUCACCGUUACACAAUCCUGAAAAUCCUGAGGAAGUUUCUGAACAUCCCCAGUGCGAAGCUCUGAAGAGACACAACGAAUCCUCAGAGUCCCAAGAAUUAUUGUUUCCCACCACUAUUCAAUAUGAGGCAGAGCAGUCAAAGGACAGUAAUUGGGACUGCAAGCAGCUGGAUCAGGAGGCCGUGGAAAUUGAUUCAGAACUACAAGCUGAACAGAGAGGCACAAAAGAAGAAGAAGAAGAAUCCAAACACUCAGAGCUCCCCGAGCCCUGCCAUGGAGACGAAUCAGUCAGAGAAGCAGAGAAAGGGGAUGAAGAAUGUGUGGGAGAGAGUAUCUUGAUGGACGUAAAUCUGAAAGAGUCUGAAAGUGUAUCACAAGACGAGGCUAAAAGUCCAGCUAUUCCAACAUGCAGCACUUCAAACGAUGAUGCAUCAAGUGAAUCACAGAAAAUGGUCGAUGAUCACUGUAGUGCAGAAAUAAUAGAAACAGCUGCAGCUGGAAGCCCCUGCAUUGUUUCUCCUCUAAUCAAUACCACUGAGCACUUCUCACCAACACAUCCAAGCUACGCUGGCCUAAAUAAAGACAUUGAUGGGGUCACUAGUGAAGUGAUUACCUCAGAGCUGCCUGAGAAAAUCAUAGAGGAGACAGAAUAUCGGGAGCCCUUGAUUGAGCCCACUCUAACCAUGGUCACGUCCCCUUUAACCCCAGUGUGUACAGAUGACACCCAGGAGGAUGAGGAUGAAAGCAAGCAUUUAGCCAUGCCUCCACUCAGCCCCUGUUUGCCAGCUUCACCACAUGAAAGCACUUCAUUGCAAAUGGAGGACGCUGAACUGAAAACAAAAUGGAACAACAGCAGUGAGCCUACACUGGCCACAGAGGAACAAAGCAAUGUCCAGUGCAUUGAAAACACACUCGUGCCUGAAGCUUUAACAGCAGAGGUGGUUGCAGAUGCGAGUUUGGACAACUCCUGCAUUCCCCAGCUGGACUAUGAGGUUACCAAGUGUGAAAUGUCUAUAUCUAACACACUGGUCAGUAGUUCUCUCAUCUCUGUUAACUCCACCCUCUCUGUCCCCUCUGAGACUGAAACACUCCCUAAUAAAGACUCUGUUUAUGAUUUCAAAUUAAGCCCCUUGAAUUACAAAGAGAUUUCCGAUAAUCAAGAAGAGUUUCCUUAUAAUUUCACCUCACUCCAAGUGGAAAAAGAAGUGGAUGACUACACAAAUAUUAAGGCGAGUCCAAAAUCUGAUUGUGAUAAUCAAAGUAAAAAUGAUGUGCUAUUAUCCUCAGAUGAACUCAGCGCAGUACAUGCCAGCCCUGAGGUGAAAACAUCAGUUGAUUCAAGCAAAGAUGAUGCACUGGGUGUGUCUGCUGAAACCCUCAAACAGAGCCCAAUUCAAGACAUUGUCAAAUGCUCGUACAGUGAUGUAACAUCCCAUCAGAAGCUAGAAUGCAUUUCAAUAAACAAACUGCAACUCCAUAAGAUGGAGAACUGCCAUGUGGCUCUUGAAACAAAUGAUUUUAUGGAUUUACACCUCAGCCUAUUGAAGAAAUCAAGUGGUGAGAGUUUUGACACAUUAGCAAUUCCCACUGAGGACAUUUCCUUCAGCUUGAGAGAGAGGGAUGCAGCGCCGGGUGAUGAGAAGGCUUCCCAAAGUCAAGAAGAGAGUACAGCAGAAAUCUCAUUCACAUCAGCGGUAUCAGCCAGUCAGACAGAAAAAAAUGUAGACGGUUUUCAUGUAAAGCAGCAUACUGAGGCAAAAAGCUCCCCCAAAAAGAAUAGUGCCCUCCAUGCAGGCCAAGGAAGCUUUCAGUGUGAAAUUUGCUCAAUGUUUUUACGCACUCUGCCUGGACUGAAAAGACAUAAAGCAAUGAAACAUGUGGUGAAGACUAAUGUGAACUCUGCCUCUACUAGUGGAACCACAAGCAACAACACGCCUGUUCAUCAAACUCCAGUGUCUCUCCACAAAGACGUCCAACCGCUACAAAAUCUACACAGCCUGCAAACACAGCCUGAUGGAAUAUCUCUGACUCUAGAGGAGCCAGCUUUGAUGUUAGAAAGUAGUGUGGGGGAACCGGAUGUGCCAGCCGAGCCCGACGAUGAGGAGAAGAAAAAACAGCCAUCUGUAGAAAAGGAGAGAAAAAAUGUCAAAGCAUGUAAUAACAAAAACAGUGAAGUCAGUGGUGGGAGCUUUCCACUUAACAUUGUGAAGCCUGACCCUUUCUCAGAAGAACUCCUUACCAUGCUGGAAACAGACAUAUUGCAUUCCAUACCCCCUGACUUUCCACCCGUGUCUCAGCAAGAGUGCUACCCCUUUUCUGAAAAGACAGAUACAGCCAAUAACCAUCAAGAGCCAGAGGUGACCAGCAUAGACAAACAUGCCUUGGAGAGUGGAAUUGCAGAAUAUAAGUUCACAGCUUCUCCCUCUGAACCAUUGGAUAUUCAAAAACAAGAUCAUGUGGCCAGUGAAAGUGACUCUCAACAUGAUGGCCUGAAAACCUCCAUAGCUUCAGAAGAGCAAGGCACCAGUGUGAUUGGCACUGACUUUAACAUGAUUGGGGAGCCCUCGUGUAACAUGAACACAGCACAGGCACAGCCUGCAAUUUCAGUGCAGGAGAGUAUGAACACAGACUCACAUCAUAAGGUAGACAUGGAGAUCAAGAGUGAAAAGAGUAGCUCUCCCGCAGACAACACUGACGCCAACUCCUGUUCUGUUAAAGACCCCCCAGCCAGCCCCCCAGGUCUUGAACCAGACCUGAAUGCCCUUCUUGAUGAUGAGAGUACAUUCUCACAGCUAUUCCCUCGAAAUGAGGAGCUGAAAAGGAAGAAGUGUCCAAGGGUGUAUGGAAAUAAAAAACAAAAAAUAGCCCAAGCUGUGCCAGCCGUUCAAGACUAUAGUUCCUCUGACAUGUUCCUUGAGAGGAAAGAGAAUCACAAGGAAAAUAAGACAGACAAAACAUUUGUCAACAAUAUCAGCACUUGUGAAUAUGAAACUAUAUCUAUUGAUGAUGCAAUCAUGCUAGACAUGUGUCACAAAGGCUCGAUGAAAGGCUCAGCUGACAAAGGUCGUCAUAGUGACGGCAAGACAGAAGACAAGGCAGAAGACAACCCAGAUCAUGGCUUGAGCACAUUCCUGAGCCCUACUGAUGACAUCAUCAAGGUCCCAGCGCCCUUGGGGCCCACAAACGCUGUCACCAGCAUAGGUGCUCUUGUCUCACAAGAUGACGAGUCUUGCAAAUCAGAGCUUCCUACUCCUGCUUGCUCAGUCCAGGCGGUGGAGCUCCCCAGUGCUCCAUGUGUUCAGGAAAAUUCACAUUUUAACAGUAUUGACCUUCAGAACCUUAACACCACAUUCCAGCUCCCAGAAAUACAAUUCUUCGAACCUAGCAAAGACAUCUCGCUGGUCCCGAGCAUCAUAAGCGAAGGAAGCGAAGUUCCACAGAGUCUUCCAACUGAAAGUGAGAAGCCUGCUAAGAAGCCCACAGAGCGAAGGGGUAGAAAGCGGGGCGAGGCAGGACAGAAACCAAAGGACAAACAAUACAAAUGCAAAGUGUGCUUCACAUGGUUCCUCACCUUGGGCGAGUUGAACUUCCACAAGCUCUCCCACAAUCCAUCCCCACCACCCACUUGUUACAUGUGUGUCCAGCGCAAGUUCAGCUCACGCGAGCAGCUGCGUGAUCACCUGAGGGAAAAGCACGCAAAAAACAAGGCAGGUGUCUGGGCCUGUGGCAUGUGCCUGAAGGAAAUCUCAGAUGUGUGGAUGUACAAUGAACACCUGCGUGAGCAUGCCACUCAGUUUGCUCGCAAGGGCCAAACCCAGAGCUCCCUGUUGGACAUGCCAGGCUGCUUCAUGCAGGAGACUGCUGUGAAGAACUUCAUUACUUCCAUUAUGCAACAUCAGCCGAGCAGCAGAUCCUCAAAAGGUGAAUCAUCCAAGUCGUCUUCCAAGGCGAAUAAAAAAGCCACAGCUGUUGACACAGUUGACCAAGAAAUUAGUGCAGUUGAUGACAGUGAACCGACAGUAACUAAGACAAAGAUCAGUGAGGGAAGUAAACAGCACAGCAGUUUUACACCAGUCGAGGUGCUUCAAAAGGCAGAAAUCACUCCCAAGCUUGAGAUGCAUCCCAACUGUAAAGACCCCUCAAGAGAUUGCCACCACUGUGGCAAACAGUUUCCAAAGCCAUUCAAGUUGCAGCGACAUCUUGUAGUACACAGCUUGCAGAAGAUCUUCAUCUGCCACAAAUGUCCUGUGUCUUAUCAGGAGGCCAAGGAUCUGAAAGACCACCUGAAGAACGAGCAUGAGGAAGUGGAUGAGUCAGACUCCAAGCACACCACACUGUACACCUGUGAGCUAUGUGCCGAUGUAAUGCAUGUGAUCAAAAAGUCUUUUAUAUGUAGCACAUGCAACUACAUAUUCUCCAAAAAGGAGCAGUUUGAUCGUCACAUGGAAAAGCAUCUCGAGGGGGGAAACAAAAUCUUCAAGUUCAGAGGAGUCCUUAGGCCCUGCAAGCCGACGUCCUCCAAAGAUGACAGCUUCAACACACCACCUGCUAAGAAGAGAAAAAUCCACCCAGAUAACCUACAAGAAAACAGCUCUGAUAGUGGCAUUGCCAGUGUUGCCUCAUGCCACUUGGCUCAAAGUGCAGACAUGGAGGUGCUUAAGACUGCCAUGGCUGAGCCUGCAACAUCCAGUGACGAUGAACAACAAAGUGAGACAGAUGACACAAAUUUGAAGACAGAAGAUGGCGAGGAGAUCACUUUGCAUGACCUGGGUGACGUUUCACAGUGUCAGUUUCAUAUAGAUGCUGCAGCGCAAACCUGUCCGGCAGAGGCUAUACCAAAGACAGAGGAAAGCGAUGAUAUGUCUUACGCUGAGUCGCACCAAGACAAAAAUAAAGCUGACCCGGAAAUCACAUGCGUGACAGUCACCUGUGAUGUAAAGGAAGAAGAGGACCUUCUCGCUAGCCCAAAACAGCCAGCGUCACCCGUGAUGUCCACUAAGGGUGAUAGUAACACAAACAGUGGGAGAGAUUGCACAAGCAAACCUAAACAGUGUUUUUCAGAACAAAGUGUUCAAGACAAUCAUAAAGAGACAAAAGAUGCCAAAUCAAUCAGUGGAGAUGGAGAAUUUUCACACACAGCAUCUCGCAGUCCUCAGAGUGAAAUCCUGAACAACUCACAGGCCUCAGAUGUACUCCGUAACAAAGAACAGUCCAUUUCCUAUUCAACCAGCCUGACAAAACAAACGAGGGAAGAUAAAGCUAAGGUCCAACCGGCUGCCCCCGUGAAGAGUGACACUGAAGGCAAGGACCCUCCAUCUGCAAGUGGCACGGAACAAUUUGUCACACCACCUCCAGUUAAGGAGAAAGUAUCUCAUAAAGCAGGUGAAAACCACAAGCACAGCCCCGGGACCAGCCCAAGGGCAUUGAGCUCUGUUACCGUGGAUGUAUCACCAGUCCAUCAUGCAAAGGUCACACCCUUGACCCCGUCAUCCAGUGACGACAAGGACUCUGCAAAAUCCCUGAAAAAAAGGAAAGAGUCGAAACAAGCACACAGCUCACAGAGAACCUCGUCCCCAGUGGCGCGGGAGAAUCUCGGCGUCGACUCAAGGGUGAAGAAGAAGUUCCGUCCUGACAAAGCUGAAAUCCCUGCAGGCCUGAAAAAGCCAGAUGCCCCGGGUGACUACCCCGUGCUUUCGUCUGUAAAGGAUGACACUGUCAGCAACAAGAUUGUCUCCAAGCACAAAGCAGGGACUCUUGGCCUGCAUCUCAAGAGGGGCUCCCUUGACAAUUACCCGCCAAAGAAGACAGAGAUUGUACGACAUUUACAUGUGGAUUUCAAAGGGAAGAGGUUAGGUCCUGGCAGGCCCGUCCACUCCCCGACUUCCAAAGUGUCUGUGCCAUCCAUGACCAACUCCUUGAACAAGUCCAGAGUUAAAACGGGGGUCAGAUCUGUGGACACACACUCCUACCGCACUGCAGAGUCACAGAAUAACCUCCUGAGCCAGCUGUUUGGCCAGAAACUCACUAGCUUUAAAAUUCCUUUAAGGAAGGACACUUCUGAAUCAAUAAACUGAGGAGAGUGUUUUCUCUGUGGCAAGUGCCCGAAAGCAGUGGCCGUGACUGUACCAGGGAAAUGUUCUGACUCUCCCCUCAGUGACGUUUUCACUUUUUAUUUAGUCACUUUAUUUUCCUUUCAUCUUCUUUUUGUAAAUGUGCUGUUGCAUUAAUGUGAGGACCAAUGAAAAAAAAGACUAGUUUAUGAAAAAUAUAAGAUAUGUUGUGCAGGAACUUUUUUUGAAAGGACUUUAUUCCAUUUCCUCUGAAGUUUGACAUUAUCUUUUUAAGAGAGACUUUAUUUCAUUUACAAAAAAAGAAAAUUAAAAAAAUAUUACUUGAAAAUAAACUGAAAAUAUUUUUGUUAAAUAAUGCAUGACAGUACAGUAUGACAUUCACAAGAAAGUGUUUCUUUUGGGAGAACAGGACCAAAGGACUAUAAGAUAAUAUGGACCAUGGCAAAGCGUCUUUGUGUAUGCUUUAGAGACUUACUGCUUGUAUAUCCUUUUACUUUACUGUACUGCAGUGAGAUUUCUUGUAUUGGCUUUUGUAUAACAUUAACUGGUGCUAUUGUAUGUUGUACUGUAAUGUGAACACAAUUGUCCUCCAUUUGAAGAGAAAACAUCAAGAUUUUCUCUUCAUUCAACAUGCUGAUACUCUAGGUCCUGCAAAUAACCAAGAAGGAAAUACUGUUGAUCAUUGUUGAUCAUAUCAUAAUGGUGCAUUUCUUUUUAAGUGUUUAUCUGGCUUAUUGGAAAGGGCAUUAUGACAGCCUGUCAAGUCAAUUGCAUGAGAUCACCUCUGUCGAACUCAGGUGCUAACAAGCCCUUAUCUGAAAGCUCUCCCGUGCACUGAUGUUUCCACCCAGACAACUCCACACUCCAUCAUCUGUCUGUCCUGCAACUGUUUAGGACUCCUAUUAACUAGAUUUUAAAAGGUGCUUUAUCUUGUUUAUAUGUAUCUUAACUUUGUAUAAUAUUGUAGGUAGUUUAUUUCCUGUGCAAUGCAUAAUGACAAAGGUUUAUUUUAAUAAUAUGCAAGAGAGUCGAAGAAUAAGAAGAAAGGGAAUUGUUCAGACUAUGGUUGGCAUUGAAGUGGUUGAAGUGCCUUAUAAAGUUGGUUACUGAAAGUCUGCAAUUGUCUCCAUUUGUGUCUUUAUUUGUUGUCUGAUGUAAAUUAAAGAGGAAUUUUCACACAUCUUACAGCAUCACGGAAUAAUUUCAUUUGUACAAAUACGGAGAGUACAUUAGGCUAAACAAAAGUGCAAAGGCUGCAAUAAAUACAAAUCUGGCCAUCACUUGUAGAGGGAAAAGAAGAGAGUAGCCAGCUGUAUGUUUGUCACAACAAUACACUAUGAUUCUCAGCAACAAUAGCCGUAAACCACAUGUCAAGACUGCUGGCUUGUGCAUCGCUGAAUAAUGUAAACCUUUGCCGCUUGAAUGCAUCCAUUCAAAGGGCACUUGU